AUGGUGACAAUCAAUGAAUAUCUGGAAUUCAAUUGUCUCUUUGAUUAUAAACAAUUGAAAUUAUUAAAGGACGAUUGGCUGUACGGACCCUUGUUUUAUUCCGCAAAGAGCGACAGUACAUGGCGUUUGCAAAUCGAUCGAUCUCAUCCGACCAAUUUGGGUAUUUAUUUAACAUUGACUGAUGGUGCUCCGUGUGCGAUAACUUCGUAUACAAUCUCGAUGAUAACAACUACCAAGCCAUCACUUAUUAUGUUUAAUAAUAAAUGUACACAACGACGAGCAUUUCCAUCGAAUAACUUCUCGUGGGGAUUUAGUAAUUUUUGUACGAGACGCGAAUUGAAAGAUGAACGAAAUCUUAUACGUGAUGCAAAAACAAAAUUAGUCAAUGUGCGAUGUACAAUGAAUAUUGAAAAAUUGGUCAUUGUCAAUCCUUGUGAUGAUCAUCGUUUUGCAACGGAUCUCUUUCAUACAUGUUCACUUGAACAAUGGAUCGAGUUUCUGAAACAGAGAGAUGAUCUUCCUGAAUUGACGAAUAGAGUCAAUGAAGAAAUCGAAGCAAGAUUAUGA